AUGCCCAGCAAGUCCAUCUCCGGGGACGAGCCGAGCACAAACGAGAAGAGCAGCAGCACCCACGGCAGGUACGGCGCGCGGAACGAGACGAGCCCCAGGAACGACACGAUCUGGUGCGCGUUGCGCCGCCCCCACACGUACACCAUCAUGAAGGUCAGGCUCGGGCCGAGGAAGUUGACCGGCGUCAGCGGCGACACCACGACCAGCAGCCCCGCGCCGAACAGAAGCAUGUACAGAAAGUCGGCCGUGCGCCCCCGGAACGAGUUGGUCUCUAGCAUCUUGCAGUACCGGUACAGGAAGAACAUGUGGAAGAGAAAGUCCAGGCUGAAGUCCCCGAAGAACAGAAACGUCGUCACCAGCCGCCACACGUGCCCCUUGCGCACGAUCAGCAGCCAGUUGAGGUACAGCUUGAACGGCGUGAUCAGCUCCAGCGCCACCGCGCCCGUUGUCAGCACCGACAGGCAGAUGUAUGACCGCGUCACCGGCGGCAUCGACUUCCACCACUCCUCGACGAGAGACAUGGCGGGCGGCUGGUGA